AUGUUUCAUAACUGGACCUCUAUUGUCGGCCUCAUUCUGCUGCUUCUCGUCUUUGUGGACGCCGGCCAUCCUCUCUGGGAGGCCUCGACUAAGAUCAAGCGUGCCGUUCCGUUUGAUCUCAAUUCGCUGACCACCACAACCUGGCCUGGCGGUGCUGUUAUGUACUGCUGGGAAAGUGAAGCCACGCGGAAUGCACUUGUCGGACAUUUCCGCCAUGCCACCAAUCUUUGGGCUGCGGCUGGGUUGCCCGAGACUCGGUUCCGUUUUGUCGAGUUCCCGUUGGAGGAGUGUAUGAGAGACCGCCGCAAUUCGCUAGUCAUCCAUAGGACCCCUGGGUCUCUCGAGUUCUCGACAACCGUCGGCAAGUAUGUUGGUCCUGUCAGUGAGCUCAUCCCAGGGCCUCUUGCCUUUUUCAAUGAUAAGAGGGAACCUGUCGAUCGUGGCCGAGGAUCAAAUACCAUUGCGGAGAAAAUCGUCCAUGAAAUCGGACACAUCUUUGGCUUGUUCCAUGAACAUCAAAACCCCUAUUUUUGGUACGAUCCGUCUGACUUUCGGAUCUAUUGCGAAAAUAUCGAAGGAUUCCAGCAAGCAACCGCACAUUUAACCCACGAGCAAAUCUGGGGUGAGAAUGGGGUCUGUGUUAAUCAACUCGCGGCCCUAGAGCAGGGGUGGCCUACCGUUGCCCAUUUCCUUCCGAUCCGGGAGCUCACCUAUCUCCCUCAUGGUCCGGAUAAUGAUGUGGACUGGGACUCGAUCAUGCUCUACCACAGCAAUGUGGGGGCUAUUGUGAGCGAUGGCAAUGAUUACACUCUACGCAAAGGUCCUGGGGCACCUGGUAUAGCCUAUAGAAUCAGGGUCAAGCGCUCUCCUAGUCAAAGGGAUGUUCAAGCGCUGAUUCGUCUCUACGACGCUUCGGACGAGCGAACGCUUCCGCGCCUCUAUCACGACCCGCGCAGCGAAUAUCACACCGCAUUCCAGAAUUUGCAGAAUUUCCAAGUAUGCGAUUGGCCCCAGGGUGGGCCCAGUGGUGGGUGA